UGACAAUUAAAGAUUAAUGUCGAGGGCGGCAUUUGUAAUAUUACUUCUGAAGGAGCAUCUAAUUCGAAUCAUAUGGCAGCCAGCUUAAAAUAUACUGAAAAACCACAGACUCCUUCAACAGCGAAAGAACAUGAAUCAAAUAACAAAAAAAAUAUGCAUGAAGAUAACGAUGUUCUUUCAGCAUCCAGAUCGACUUCAGUAAAAGAUGUUGAAGAAAAAUUUCUAUAGCAAAAAAAAACGGGCGUCUCUACCAUUUCGCCCAUAAACAAGUGUAAUUUGCAAGUAUCAAAUACAAAUUUUUUGAACGGAUACGAAAACACUGAUAACCGACAACUUGGAUAUAACUCACGAUGUAAUAUUAAGCAAACUGAAGAGAUGAUUGUGGCACCAUUUAUGCAACUUCAUAAUCCAGCUCCAACACUUCCUAUACACUCUCCCCAUUCUCCGAUGCAUUUAAAAUCAUAUUCUAAAAUUCAGCCAAGUAAACUUUCUGGUCGGUAUAUAAAUAAUAAAAUUUUCCAACAAAAGUCUGCUAACAAAUUAUUAAGUGGUAAACAAAUGACUGAAAAAAACAUUUAUUUUAAUGAAAGGGAGAGAGCAACAAUCACACACUCGAAUAAGAUCUGUGGGUGUAUUAAAUCACCAAAACACGAGAUGAUAGAAAGCUGUGCUACAAAUUUUACAGUUGAGGAGCAGAAAAGUGAUUUGUCAAAGGCGACGUAUGACAACAGACCGAAACGUAAAGAAAAAUCAACAGUUGAUUUUAAAUUAAAAAAAAAAAAUGAAGUCGCUUCAGACGUAAAUUCAAAACAUCGACGAUCUCUUGGGGUUCAAGACAAUCAUAAUAUAUGUCAAUAUACACUUAAAACUAGUAGAUCUGAGCAGAGUUCACCAAAUAUUGUGAACAUAAACAAAUCAAAUUUUGCAUAUGAUUCCUUGCUACAUGUUUCAGCAAUGGACCCAUGGAUAAAGAAAAAUGAGUUGCUAAUGUAUAGUUUGAAUACAGUUGAUAAAAAUUCAACGGAUCCAUGGAUUAAACUUCCAAGUAGUGAUCAUGUAACAACUGGAAGUUCUACAGAAAAAUCACAAAAACCGGAUUUUAUUUUGGAAACAAAAACAAAAUCGUACUUGAAACCAGUACUGCUGCAAAAAAAAAUGUCUAGAAAUCAAGAAUUAGUAUUCUCAGCGCCUCCUUCACCAAAUCUCAAUAAUUCGUCAAAUUGUACCACAAAUCUUUCACAAAAAAAGAAGUUGCCAAUCAAGUCUGCCAGUUUUUCACCCGCAAGAUUUAAGCCUUUCGUGAAUCCCUUUGAAGAUUCAUUAUACGGCAGUAUCGCAACACUUUCAUUUCAACCAAAUUAUGUUGCAACUCCGAACCAAUUAGAAUACACAGAAAAUGUAAAUUGUAACCUUUUAAAUGUGAACACUUCUAAUAAAGAAGAGCUUCAGCUAAAUAUUCGUGGUCUAUCUGAACAUUUAAGUCAAAUGAACGUUGUACAAUUUUCAUUAGGUGAUUGUAAUGUUAAUAUUAAAGAGUAUGGUACACAAACUUUUGUCGAGAAAGCACAAACUUAUGAGUUUCCCGCUGCACAAAUAGAGUUGCCUAAAGCGGAAAAAAAAGGUUAUAAAGAGAUAGUGAAAUGUAAGGAGAGCUUUCAUUCUGUUAAGCAUAACUCAAAUUUUUCCAGUGUUUCGGGAAAAACAAAAGUGUAUAUUAACCAUCAAAAGCCGAAUCCAAUGCCAGAAACCACCUGCUAACUAUUGUUCAAAAUUGAAAUGUUAGAAUAUAGAUAUUUGUGUGUCUAUAUAUUCGAAUCAUAAUAAGUUAUAUCCGUAUAAAAAAGCGUCAAAUUUGUAUUACAAAAUUUUAAUUUAAGCCUGCAAGCUAUACAGCAAAAAUGCAUUUAUUUAAAAUAAAAUAUAUACAUUCCUAAUAAACCUAAACAAUGUGUAUUGUUUUUCAGUUGUUGGCUUUAAUAAAUUUGUGAAGACCGCCAAUAUUUAUGUUCUAAUGUAUUAUUAUAAUUUCUUGUAAAUCUACUUAACUCAUUGUAAUAAAAUCUCAUUUAUAAAGUUCUAAAA